AUGAACGAACCUGAACUUUUGAAAAGACAGAUAUUGGAAGCAAAUAGCUUGACAAUCAGACAAGGACUGUUCCUUCCCAAAGAAAACGGAAAGUUCACGGAACUCUCCCCAGAAGACGAGGAGCUUCUCAAGGAAUUUAUGAAAGAAAUGAACUGGGAAGCCUCUUACAGGGUUUAUUUUUCAAUCCCAUAUCUGUUCACUGUUGAUAAUAAUGUAGAUUCAAGACUGGGAAGUUCAGCUGGGAAUAUCACUGUUUCUAGUUCGCAGUCUGCUGCACGCCCAAAGGGAUCUACAAGUAAAGCUGAUAACUAUUUAAGGGAUGUGAUUCCUCAAUGGACAAGAAAGAUCACAAAUGAAUGGCUUGAUUCAAAGUUCUACCAAGUAGAUAACAAGCUUAGAAAGGUUUGGUCAAAGUUGGCUGAUUUCAUUGAGAACAAAAACUGGGCGACUGCUUCUCAAGCACUCAAAGAUAUUUUUUCAAUAAGAUCUCAAUUGCCAAGGAGAAUUCGACUAAGAAAUGACUGUCUGGAGAGUAAUGUAGUUUUGGAAUUCAAUUCUGGGAUUAAUCCAGAAUUGAGAACAUAUUUGGCAACGCUAGAUUUGGAAGUAGGUUCUCAAACUGCUACCUUCCAAUUAUCAGAACCGCCUCUUUCCUCACGCCCAGACUUUGCUUUUUUUGAAACGAAUGGAUCUGAUAUUUAUUUCUUCAUUGAGUUUAAAAAACAUGGGUUGAUCAAUUAUGUGGAUGAGAACGGUAUAAAAAAUAAUCACGAGAUGAACACGAUUAUGAAGCAAGCAUCGAAGUACAUGAUAUCUACAGGAAUAGACUGUUGUAUAAUCUCCGAUAUCGAGGUAUCAAUUCUAGUCCAACUCGACUUCGAAUCCAGUAAUGGCUAUACAAAGAACGUGUUGCAAGCAAAUGGAAGCAUCAAAAUAGAUGCAGUUGUACCCUUCAAGUACUAUGUGUUCCACCCGCAUGACACUAUAUAUACUUUUCAAGCAAUCGUGUGUUCAGUAGCUUAUGAUCAAAAGCUUCGAGCUGGAGAUCCUAUUCAAAAACAGAAUGUUGAGAGGCUAACGGCUUUAAUACUUAGGGACACUGAAAUACAGGUGCCCAGAAGUGGUGGAAGCAGAGGUAGCUCAGGAAGUGAAAGCCGAAGGAGUCAUCCAACAUUCUCAGGCUCAUCCAUGAUUUCAUAUACCCCAUUAGGUUCAGUAGAUGAACAAGAUUCCAGCUCAGAAAACAUUGGCGUAGAUACGAAAAUCAAUGAGCAAAAGAGUUGGAGCCAGUACAAAGACCGGAUGAUAUUCCACUUUAAUAAGGGGGAUUUUGAGGUUCUCCAACCUGGAGGGUACUAUUUGAAUACAGUAUUGAAAUUGAACAGAGCUGCUAUCGAUAGAGUUUUGUCACACUUGAAUGUUCCCCCAUCAGUGUCACAUGUUAUUAUAAAAGUCUAUGACUUGUAUUCAUCAGAAUUUUACUCUCAAUACCAUGAAUUGAAGAAUAAUUACGAGGAACUUCUAUCAUCCAUGGAGGGUAAGUUUGAUACGGAAGUUGAAUGUUACAUACGAACAAAUACUUACAAUGAAAGCCGUCAUCAAGGUGGAUGUCUCAGAGUUCCUAAGAUGUACGAACAUGGAGGAGGUGUCAUCAAAAAAGAUGGAGCAUUGUUUUCAUUUGGGUGGUAUUUGAUACUAGAGUGUUUAGAGAAAGAUCCGGACCAGACAUUCAGUUUAGAAGAAGCAACAAACCAAGUAAAGCUUCUAAGAAGCUUAGGAAUUCAACACAACGACAUCUACCAGAGAAAUGUAAUUAUAUCUCAUGGUAGAUUCAAUCUCAUUGAUUUCUCGGAAGCCCACUUGGAUGAAAUUGAUAUUCACGGAGACUUGAAAAACUUGAAGCAUGUUUGGAAUAAGAUUAUGGACCAAUCUCUGAAAUCUCAAACAAGUUCUAGAAUACAGGAAGAAUCUCAGAAACAGAGAAAUGUAGAUCAAGUCGUGGAUCUGAACUUUUCAGUGGAUCUGGACAAGGAGAAUCGUACUAAAGACUACUAA